AUGUCGGUUUCCAACGCCCGCCCCCUGGCCAUCUUUACGGGCUACAUGCUCCUGGCCGCCGGCCUCACGGCGAAGUCCAUCGGCAUCAUCCGCGGCCAGCGACGACGCGUCUCCGGCUCCGCGGACCGUCCCGCUCCCACCGUCGUCGCCCUCGCCGUCUUCGGCCUCCUCGCCGCCGUGAGCCUCGCCACGACCUGGUACCACAUGUUCCGCUUCUUCGAGUGGUCCUAUCUCGAAUGGGACUCCCGGCAGUUCUGGGCCGCCGUCGUCGGCGGCGCUAAACCCCCCGGCCUGCGGCUCGGCGAGUGGCUGCGGGACACGACCCUCUUCCGCCAGGCGUGGGUGUCGACGCUCGAGACGGGGCCGAGGGCGUGGUGGUCGCUGCAGAUCUUUGGCUUCUGCGCCAACUGGAGCGUCCUGCUUGCGGCUCAAGCUCAGAAGAAGCGAAUCCCUCAUCCGUGGGUCUUUGUGCUACUCGGUCAAGUGGUUGCCAUCUCCUUUGCCGCCAACAUGUCGUUCCUCGCCAUCCUAUGCUGCAGCAGCAGCAGCAGCAGCAGUAGCAGCAGCAGUAGCAAGCCGACGACUCCAACAACGGCACCCAAGGACCAGAAGAAGCGGAAUGACGAGACGGCGUCGUCCUCGGUCUCGUGGCACACCGUCGUCCUCGUCGUCACUCUACUCUGGGCGACUCUGAUCCCUUCCGCCAUCGACCACCCGAGGUUCAUGUCGCUGCUCUUGGGCCCUCAUCUGCUGGCAUUCGCGCCCUUGCUCCUCAACAGGGUCCUCCCGCCGCGGCUCCUGGGCGAGCCGGGAUGGUACUGGAAGGCCGCCUCGAUGGCGUGGGUGCUUGCCGUGGCCACCAAGGGGGUUGCGGGCGAAGGCGAGGGCCUUGGGGUUGUCCUCACGACGCUCUACGAGCACCCUGCCGUGAGCAGCGUUGGCUGGGAUGUCAUUUGCUGCUGGGUCAGCUCUGGAGCUUGGUUUCUCAUCGGGGCCGACUGA